GCGUCCAGUAUUCCACGCGAAUGCAUAUUUUGAGGGAAUUGAAGCUGAUUUGAAGCCUCUACGUACAGUGAAUUAUCAAAUCGAAUAUACACAGAGAGAGAUCAAUGUAAUAUCUAACAGCUGUGUGGUUUUUGAAAUCUAAAAUGGCUUCAGAUGAGGCAUCACUUCGUGCUCUCGAGGGCCUUAUGACAGAAUUCUUUCAUGUGCAAACAACCAAUGAAAGAAAACGACAGAUAGAGGAGUUACUGAACAACUUUAGUCAACAGAAAGAUGCAUGGAGGCACUGCUUGUUUUACAUGGCUAAUACUGGCAAUGAGUACGUCAUGAUGUACUGUAUGACUGUAUUAGAGAAUUUAAUAAACAAACAAUGGAUUGGCCAGGCAGCUGAACACAAGAAUGAGAUGAGAGCUACGUUGAACCAGUUCCUCCUGUCUCAACAUAACAAGGUGCCAACAUUUGUACGCAACAAACUUGUGCUCCUCGUCGUUAACAUUGGGAGGAUAGAUUGGCCACAUUUCUACCCAGAUUUCUUCAGUAAUAUUUUGCAGUUAAUACAAGAACAGGAAACUGCAGCAUUGGGUAUUAUCCUCCUGCAGACAGCCUCAGAAGAACUGGCCUGCCCCAGAGAGGACUUGAGCAUUGCACGCAAGGAGGAACUUCGCAGGUUGUUACUAGCACAGAUCCCUACUGUACUGGGAUUGUUGAAUGGUGUCCUUGAAGCCAUCUUGGAGAGGCAUCGUCACCUUGUCACUGCCACCCCUCCACCUUCCCCCACACAUGGCCAGUCAGCAGAAAGAGGGGACAAGAACCUGGUCUCCCUGUUCAGUACUUCACCACAUGCAGGUAGCAUACUAAGCAAUAUGUUUAAAUCUCCUUCUGGGAAGGACAAAGUUGAGCAUAUUCCACCCCUUGAUGAAACCUCCCACCAGCUGAGCGUUCUCUCCCUCAGCUGCCUGGCACAUCUCUUCAGUUGGAUCCCACUCUCAUCUAUGAUCACGCCAUCUUUACUAUCAACAAUAUUCCAUUUCGCUGAAUUUGGUUGUGAACACUCAGCAAGGACUUCCCCCUCAAAUCCCAAUAGCAGUUUCAGUACAAUGGAACAAUCCCUGGGGGUUCUUGCAAUGAACUGCGUUAAUGAGCUGUUAUCUAAGAAUUGCGUGCCGCAAGAAUUUGAGGAUUUUUUACUACAAAUGUUUCACCAGACUUUUAAUUUAUUGCAACGGCUUACUAAAGAAACUAGUAUGAACUCCACUGGGAACAGACUGGCUGAUUUAGAGGAAGAUUACGUUGAAAAGUUCACAGAAUUCCUCCGUCUGUUCGUCAGUAUACACUUACGGAGAUUUGAAUCUAACAGUCAUUUCCCUGUGAUUGAGUUUCUCAGUCUCUUUUUCAAAUAUACAUUUAAGCAGCCAACACAGGAAGGAUUUUACGCUUGCUUGGAUAUUUGGACUGUAUUCCUGGACUAUUUACAAACAAAACUGGCAACACGUGAUGCAGAACUGGAAACUAUUAUCUCAAUGUAUAAGGAAGCUCUUUUGUCUCUUGCGUCACAAAUUAUGCAGAGGUUCCAAUUUCGCUACAACCAAUCACAGCUUGAGGAACUUGACGAUGAAACAUUAGAUGAUGAUUCUCAAACAGAGUGGCAGCAGUUUCUUAGACAUUGUCUUGAAGUGAUAGCCAGGAUAUCAGAACUCAUGCCAGCCCCUACAUUCACUAUUCUGUUUGAACCAUUCCAAGAGAAUCUACAAGUUUACUUAGGACUUGAGCAGUACAUAGACAAUGGAACUACAAGACGCCUCACUAUAGCAGCAGAGAAUGAAUGCCGCAGAUUGCACUGUAGUCUUCGUGAUCUGUCAUCUUUCUUGCAAUCCCUAGGACGGCUAGCUGAACACUUUAUAGGGGAAUUGUUCACUGAAAGGUUUACUGAUGCACAAACACUUGUAGAAAGGUUAAUACAUGUAUGUGCCUAUGGCAGCAAGCUAAAGUUAUUUGAGAUCCAUUCAUCUGCUCAAAGUGUUCUACAAGCUGACUUCAUUGAAGUACAUGCCCAAGCUUUAGCAGCCCUGAAGGCUUAUUCCCAUUGGUUAGCCCAGUUUGGUGUGGAAUCUGGCCCAGAGCCUGCUAAAGUGAAGUUCCAGAGCCUUGUCAGUGCCAUUGUUGACUGUACGGUACCUCUCAUCAGUAAACAAAUUCCAGAUAAAAUCGUGCAAUCAGCUUCUCAUUUACUUCUUUCUGUGAUGACCACUAUACGACCGCCAUUUUUGUUGACACUGCCAACUAUCCAGCAUUUGUACACUUCAGUGAGCCAGGGUCUUUGUGAACCAAUGUCUCAAGAGGUGCAGCUUCUAGUCUAUAGAUCUCUGUCUAAUUACCUACUCCUACCAUGGCCUAACAUGUCAGAGGCAGGUCAGAACUGGCCAGAUAGAUCAGCCAAUCACAGCAGCUUUAUCAAACAAUUAACUUCAGCCUACAGGCAGUUGAAAGACACUAAUUCAUUGGCCAAUAGUAAAACUCUUCAAACUGAGGCUGUUCCUUGUGUUCAGAAAACAUUGGAAGUAUUGACUGACAUCAUCAACUCCAUAUCAGAAGAUGGAGUCAGCAAUAGCAAGAAGAUCUGCUACCAAUCAUUGCAAGACCUUGUACAGACUACACUCACUAUGUUCCCAAUUUAUAUACAUCACCCAGAGGCCAUUGACAGCAUGCUGGCUUUCUUCCUUGCCCUCUUCCAGAGUUUGCGAGUUCAAAUGGGAGUGCCAUUCACCGAACAAACUAUACAGACAUUCAUGAAUAUGUUCACCAGGCAGCAGUUAGCAGAUACAAUUCUCCACGAGAGUAACACAGGACACAAGAUUGUUGAGAAAUUCCUGAGUAUUCUGCAGGUGAUCGUUGGUGAACCUGGCUCAAACUUCAAACGCUUCCUUUCCAGUAUUAUCUCUAUAUGUAUGGACCAGAUAUAUCCAGUCAUAGCAGAGAGACCUUCCCCAGAUAUUAAACCAACAUUGUUUGAGCUUCUGUUCAAUAUUCUGUUCCACAACUGGCGCUACUUCUUCAAAGGCACAGUGUUAACAGCCCUGCAUUCAAAGACUGAAGAAAUGCAACAUCAGGAACAGUUUGUUGCCAUCAUGCAGUCAUUCGGCCAAUCCUUCCUACAACCAGACAUUGGCGUAUUUAAGCAGAACCUAGAAACUUUAGAGAAACUGAAUACCAAGUGGAAACUCUACCAUAAACACAUUUAUGCAGAGCUAGCCCCAGGAAGGGGAGUGCGUCUACAUCUAAAAAAACUCAGAAAUAGUGUGGUUGCACUCAUACCCCCUGGGGGUGCCGAUGUGUAUGUGACAGGGAAUGCUGUGGCAGCCUUAUAA